CCCUAGAACUCUCAAGGACCCCACUGGAUCACAUUCCUACAAAACCAGGACCCCAUAAGACACCAUAAAAUCCCAUGCCCGUGCCCCCAGCAGGAACCUAGAGGACCCCAUAGGAUCUCACGACAUCCCAUUCCCCCCAUGGGGCCCAACACAACCCCUUCUCCCCCCUCUCCCCAUAAAAGCCUCUAGAAACCUAGAGCACCCCAUAGGAUCCCAUACCCCCCCGUAGGACCUCAUAGGACCACACAGGUCUCCCCCCUUCCCCUUCAAAGCCUGUGACAAAAGCAAGUCCCAGGGAUCCCCCAAACAAAGCACUCCUGGCCCGCUAGGGUCGCGGGAGCGACGCAGUCACAGCAAUGACGCAGAGGAUCAAUGUCAGGUAAUUUAGUGACUGUUCUAACAAAGAAUCCAUGAAAAAACUUCCAGGCAAAACAAAGAAACCUUCUGCCAACUGGUCUUCAACAAGACGGGUAGAGUCCUUUGGAACAGUCGUUGCUUCUGUGUCAACUACUUGAACAUCAAUUCAGGCAACGGCUACUAAAGGAAAAGGAGUAACAUAACAUGGAGAGCACAGAAAGGAAGAGAGAGGAAACAGAGAGGAGCCAGCACUCCCACCCGGGGCGGGCAGCAGGCUGCUGGUGCCAGCGUCAUCAUGGGCUGCGGCCAGCACUGCCCACGCUGUCACCGUGGCGACGUUUGUGACACGGCCACCCGGGAGGGGUACGAAGGCGGUGCACGCUGGUGGGUCCUGCAUCCUGAAGGAGCAUCUGGCAGAGAGCAGACGCGUCUGAAGGGAUGAGCUCCGGCAUGGCUGGCGCCAACAAGGAGCAACCCGCCGGCACGAGGCGGAACAGGAUGAGCUUCUGCAAGGAUGGCCCCGCAGCGCGGUGUGCCUCCAGACACACAUGCACCGACACCCAAGAGCGAGUUGCCGUCUGGGAUGCGGUGGCCGACUACGUACAAGAGCACCUUCUGGUGCAGAAGGGGGUCUGGAUUGCCACCUUUGGCACCUUUGACACCAUCUCCAAAGACAUCAGGAGUGAGGACGGGACCGUGACUCUGCAGUGGCCGGUGUUUCACCUCUCUGCAAACCUGAUAGCCACGCACCACCUCAAGCCCCGCAGGGAGUCCCUGCCAGCCCAUAGGAAGGUGGAGCCGCUGAAAUACAGCAAGGUGGCUGCAACUGCCUCUGUGACCUGGCAGAGAGCAAAGAUGUGCAUCCAAAGCACCGUGUCCCUGCUCUCCGGCUGCCUGAAGAAUGGCGAGAACGUUGCCGUUGUCCUCAAGGACAUUGGAGUGCUCCACAUUGAUGGCCUGACAUUUCAAAUGAAAUUCUACCGCGACUUCCUCGAGAAGCUGUCAGGCAAAGAGAAAUUCAGAAGAGCUCUUCUCAAGGCCCCCUGGCUGCUGGACAUGGUGGCGUCCCGAGCGGCACCGGUGGCCUCCAUGGCGCUCUCUGGCUGCCUUGUCGUCUUUCCCGAGUUUCAAAUGGAGUUUGUGCCCAAACCACCACCCGGCAUAUACCGCAAGUCCUCAGGAAGCGUCCCUGCUGAGGGGAAACCAAAGAAAGAAGAGGCUUUGCCACCUCUCGUCCAAGAGGGCAAGAAAGUGAGAUUUGCUGGCACGCCAACCUUCAUCAAAUGCUUGAGCUCAGCAAGUGUAGAUGCAGGAGAAUUCAGAAAGAUAAGGAGCUUGCUGCGGAAGGACAGCUCUACAUUCAGUCUGCUGCCAGCGAUCUGUGGAGUGCCUGAAGGUCAAAAGCAGCCGCUGACCUGCCAGCUGCAGGGCCAGGCAGGAACCAAAGACCAAGAAGACCGGGGCCGAGCGCUGGGAACAAAACGCGUGAGCUUCCGUGAGGAAGACCUGGAAGCGGAAACGUUCCAAGGCCAAGAAUCCAGGCUACCACUGCUGCACUGCGACUCAGUGCAACUUCUCAGGCAGAGGGCUAAGAAGAGCAGGCCAGUGCACAAAGAACCUGAGGAGGUGGCUGCAGCAGCAUCUCAGAGUGAGGCCAGCCAGCCUGCAGAGUCCUCCGCCGACAGAGCGGGAGUGCUGCCACCGAUAAACCAAGUAACACAGUCUCCGCAGCGUCAGCCUCCAAACACCAAAGCCCCACCCCGCAGGAAGGCCAUCCGCUACCCACGCUGAUGCGGGCAUGGGGCGCCCAGGACUGACAGAGCUCCACUCGAGGCUGCAAAACUGAUGCGUCAAUCCCAUCUGCAUCAUACCUAACAGUAGACCAGGCUGCCCAUGGCCCCAGACAACCUGCCCUUGAACACUGCCAGGGACGCGGCGCCCACAGGCUCUCUGGGCAUCCGCUUCCAGCAUCUCACCACUGGCUCUGGACAGAACUUCUCCCUGACAUCCAAUCUGAAGGAUUACUCCCUCAACCCAAAUCCACUUCCCCUUGUACUGCCAUUACCUACC